AUGCCCCAACCUGUAUCAUCCCUCAUCCUAUCAUCCCAUCAUCCCAUCAUCUCUUUAAUCUGUCGAUCAUCCAACAACAAUGACCGACCCCGUCAACCAGUACGGCUUCACAGCCGUCCCCGCCUCCGCCCAGGCCCUCCUCACCUCCACCCGGCCUAUCCCCCGCCCACCACCGGCCCAAUCCCUAUCCUCGUCGCCGACACUCCAGUCCCCAACACCCCGCUCGCCCAGCGCAUCAACGCCUACGCCAAGGCCCACCUCCCGGCUCCCACCUACAACCACUCCCUGCGAAUCUACCACUUCGGCCUGGCGAUUAAGCGUCACCGCUUCCCCUUCCCGGACUGGGAUUUCUCCGACGGGACAUACUUCUUGUCGUGUGCGCUGCAUGACAUCGGCACUACGGAGGAGAAUAUCCAGAAUACCCGUUUGAGCUUUGAGUGGGUGGGCGGUUAUCUGGCGUUGGAUUUAUUGCAAGAGAAGCAGAGUGACGGCGACGCUGCGCCACGCGCUCAGGCCGAGAGCGUUGCUGAGGUGAUUAUUCGCCAUCAGGAUUUGUGUACUCCGUACCGUUGGCAAGAUUACUGCGAUAACACCGGCGCAUACGCCGAUCUGGUCCACCCAGAAACCAUCAAGGACGCUUCAGAGCAUUUCCCCCGUCUCAAGUGGAGCAAUUGCUUCACGGACAUGAUUCACCGGGAGAACGGGCUGAAGCCUUGGGCUCAUACUACGGCCCUGGGAGAGGAGGAGUUCCCUGCGAAGGUCCUGGCUAAUACGCUCAUGCGG